GUGCAAUGUUGCACGAAGAGUUCAUAAUAAAGUAGCAAACCAAAUUGUUACUACUAUACCAUGGAUACAAUGGGGAAAUUGUUUUUUCUCACGGCAACCUUAACAAUUGUCUUGUUUAAUUCAACAACAGCUGCAACAUCACCUAUUCAACAUUUUCUAAAUUGUCUUCCACAUUCCCUUGUCUCUGAAGUUACUUACACACCAAACAAUGCCUCAUUCUCAACUAUCCUCAACAUGAAAAUACAAAAUAAGAGAUUUAAAACAGCAACAACACCAAAACCUUUGGCAAUUAUAACUGCAAAAGAUGAUUCGCAUAUCCAAGAAACAAUUAAAUGUGCCAAAAGCAACAACAUUCAGAUUAGAAUUCGAAGUGGCGGUCACGACUAUGAAGGUUUUUCAUAUGUAUCAGAUGUGCCUUUUAUUAUACUUGACAUGUUUCAUCUCAAUUCAGUUGAUAUCAAUUUACAAGAAUCAACAGCAUGGGUUGAAUCAGGUGCAACACUUGGUAAGAUUUAUUAUAACAUUGCAAAUAAAAGCAACAAGCUUGCUUUCCCAUCUGGGGUCUGUUUUACUCUAGGUGCUGGUGGUCAUUUCUCUGGUGGUGGGUAUGGUAAUUUGAUGAGAAAAUUUGGUCUUUCUGUUGAUAAUAUUAUUGAUGCAAAAAUGGUUGAUGUUAAGGGUAAUAUUCUUGAUAGAAAAUCAAUGGGAGAAGAUCUUUUUUGGGCUAUAAGAGGUGGUGGUGGUGCUAGUUUUGGUGUUAUUCUUUCAUGGAAACUUCAAUUGGUUCCGGUAACUCCACAGGUUAUCGUUUUCGAUGUGAAAAGGAAUGUCAGUGAAGGUGCAACUGAUAUUGUUUACAAAUGGCAAUUAAUUGCACCAAAAUUGCAUAAAGAUCUUUUCAUUAGAGCGCAACCUAAUGUUGUUCAAAUUGGUCAAGAGGGAAAAAAGGUAGUGCAAAUUAGUUUCAUUGGUCAGUUUUUGGGGAAAAUUGAAAGACUUUUAACUUUGAUGAAUAAGGAAUUCCCCGAAUUAGGUUUGAACAAAAGCGAUUGCUUUUCAAUGCCUUGGAUUAAUUCCACUCUUUUUUGGUAUGGUGAGCCAAUUGGUACUCCUCUUGAAGUAUUGUUGGACGAGCCAAAGGAUCCUCAACCACUUUAUCAAAAAAAUAAAUCAGAUUAUGUGAAGAAACCUAUUCCAAGGGAGGCUUUAGAGUCUAUAUGGAAAUUGAUGAUUGAAGGUGAGAAUUUCCUUAUGCAAUGGAAUCCAUAUGGUGGAAGGAUGGAAGAGAUAUUGCCAUCAGAAACACCGUUUUCUCAUAGAGCAGGAAACUUGUUCUUGAUUCAAUACCUUAAUAUAUGGUCUAAUGAAUCUUCUGAAGUUAGUGAACGUCAUGUGAAUUUUUCUAGAUCGUUUUUUGAAUUUAUGACGCCUUAUGUUUCGACUUCUCCCAGGGAGGCAUUCCUCAAUUAUAGAGAUGCUGAUAUUGGUGCUAAUCAUCCAAGUAAUGUAACGAGAUUUGACAUUGCUAAAACUUAUGGAAGCAAGUUUUUCAAAGGAAAUUUUGAAAGACUAGUUAGUGUAAAAACCAAAGUUGAUCCUCAGAAUUUCUUUAGAUAUGAACAAAGUAUUCCUACUAGAUCAUUGUAAAAGUCAUAUUGACUGAUCGAUAUAAAAGUCAUAUGUAGUGUGAAUUCCUAAUAAAUAAAUAAAUGGCAUGCAUAAUAUGAAUUCUUA